AUGAGUUUCAAGGGCCUUCAGAAGGGCUUCGCCAGAGCUCCCCAGACCUUUAAACAGAAAUUCAACCUAGGAGAGAACACAAAGGAUCCCGUUUACAUCGAUGCGGAGAGAAGAUUCCAGGAGUUGGAGAAAGAGACGAAGAAGCUGCAUUCUGAAUCGAAAAAGUACUUUGAAGCCAUAAAUGGCAUGCUAAAUCACCAGAUUGAAUUCUCAAAAGCGGUCGCAGAGCUAUACAAACCUAUAUCCGGCAGAGUAUCAGACCCUGAUGCUGCAAAGCCGGAGGGAAAUCCGGAAGGUAUCCAAGCAUGCGAAGAAUACGAAACGAUUGUGCGCUCCUUACAGGAGACAUUGCAGCCUGAAUUAGAGCUGAUAGAGUCUCGUAUCAUCAGCCCUGCGGACCAGCUACUGGAAAUUAUCAAGGUCAUCCAAAAGGUCGCUGUCAAGCGUGAACACAAACAACUGGAUUAUGACCGACACCGCGCAUCUCUGAAGAGACUACAAGAUAAGAAGGAAAAGUCGCUCAAAGAUGAAAAAGCGAUGUAUAAGGCUGAGAACGAUGUGGAAGCGGCAACACAAGAAUUUAAUUAUUAUAAUGACCUGCUGAAGGAUGAAUUGCCGAAGCUGUUCAAGCUUGAAGCGGAGUUCAUUCAGCCGCUUUUCCAGUCCUUUUAUUACAUGCAGCUGAACGUAUUUUAUACCCUACAUGAUAAAAUGCAAGGGUUGAAUAUUGGAUACUUCGACUUAACGUCAGAUGUCGAAGAGGCAUAUGAACGGAAACGCGGGGAUGUAAAGGAGCGUACAGAAGCCCUGAGCAUCGUUCACUUCAAAACGACAGCCGGCCGCCGCCCUGGCUCAAAGUUUACACCAAAGGAUAAGCUUGCAGCCGAAUCAAAAUACCCCUCUCGACGAACAACCGAUGCUUCAUCCGAUCCUAACCCUCCGCCUCCCUACUCCGCCCAUACCUCUUCCACCCUGAUCGGGCGUGCCAACAGCACAAGCCCUGCAUCCCUCGCGGCCGCUGCAAAGUCAAAACCAGCUCCCCCGCCCCCGAAACCCAAACCGGCGAAGUUUAGCGCUGCGCCGGUUGAGACUGCAACUGCUCUUUAUGACUACGAGGCCCAGGCUGUGGGUGAUCUGAGCUUUACCACUGGCGAUAUCAUCGAGAUCACUCAACGAACAACUAAUACUAAUGAGUGGUGGACUGGAAAAGUAGAUGGAAAGUCGGGACAAUUUCCAGGUAAGCAUUCUUUGAGAAGUUCAAUCCUUACUGGCGAAUAUUACAAUUACUAA